CGGAACAAACCUUCUCCACACUCUUCAGUAAACUCAUUCCACAUAAAUUUUUUCGAAAACACUGAAUCACCAUGUUGGCUUAUCCUGAUCUUUCAUAUUCACUCUUGUAUUGCCUCAUUACUGUUCUACUCUUCUAUCUAAUAAACAACUUCACCUCGAUUUUUAAAUGUCUGUUUCCUUCAGAAGCAAGUAAACUACCAAGAUCAUUUCCAAUCAUUGGCUCGUACUUCUCCAUUAUCAAAAACAUCCCUCAGUUUAGCGUUUGGACUGCUAAUAUAGUUAAUUCUCAACCCUCUUCAACUUUUGUCCUCCAUCGUGCUCUUGGCCACCGGCAAGUCAUUACUUCAAAUCCAGCUAAUGUUAAACAUAUACUAAAAACCAAUUUUCAUGUCUACCAAAAGGGCACUUUUGGAUCAAGAGUUAUGCAUGAUUUUCUAGGCCACGGCAUCUUUAACGUGGAUGGUGAUACUUGGAGAUUUCAAAGACAACUUUCUAGCCAUGAAUUCAAUACUAAAUCUCUUAGGAAGUUUGUGGGAACGGUGGUAGAUACAGAGCUCUGCGACAGACUUAUUCCAAUAUUGUUCAAGGCUGCAAAAGAAGAAGAGAGUCUUGAUUUUCAGGACAUACUUCAGAGAUUCGCUUUUGACAAUAUUUGUAACAUCGCUUUUGGCUAUGAUCCAGAGUACUUAUUACCGUCUCUUCCAGACGUAAAAUUUGCAGUUGCAUUUGAGAAUGCUACUACACUUAUCAGCAAAAGAUUCCAGUACAUUAUACCAUUAGUUUGGAAAGUACAAAAGUUUUUUGACACCGGUGCUGAAAAAGUGCUAAGAAAAUCUAUUGAGGAAGUUCGUGAUUUUGCUAGAAAAGUCAUGAUGGAGAAGAGGGAAGUACUGCAAGAAAAAUCAAAGCUACAAUCUGUGGAUCUUUUAUCAAGAUUCUUGAGCUCCGGUCACUCAGACGAGGUGUUUGUUACAGAUAUAGUCAUAAGUUUUAUACUCGCUGGACGUGACACAACUUCAGCUGUAUUGACAUGGUUCUUUUAUCUCAUUGCAAAAUAUCCGCAUGUGGAGAAUGAGAUUUUGGCUGAGAUUAAUGACAAGAAGUUUGAAAAGAACUCGGAGUCUUCUGCUUAUAAUGAAGUGAAAGAUAUGAUAUACACUCAUGCAGCACUUUGUGAGAGUAUGAGACUCUACCCGCCUGUUCCCACAGACAACAAACAAGCAAUGAAAGAUGAUGUGUUGCCGGAUGGAACACAUGUGUACAAGGGUGAUAGAGUACUUUACCAUCCUUAUGCAAUGGGGCGGUCCGAGAAGCUGUGGGGAUCAGAUUGGCCUGAAUUUAGGCCAGAGAGGUGGCUUGAGAGGGACACUGUGACCGAAAAGUGGUGCGUUAUUAGCAGGGAUCAGUACACUUAUCCUGUUUUUCAAGCAGGGCCAAGGGUGUGUCUUGGUAAAGAAAUGGCUUUCUUGCAGAUGAAGAGGGUGGUUGCUGGAAUUCUUCCAGCAUUUAGGGUGAUUCCAGUGAUUGAGAAAGGGAAGGAACCAGUUUUUAUAUCUUACCUGACCGCUAAAAUGCAAGGGGGCUUUCCAGUGAGAAUACAACCAAGAGUUUCUAAUACCUAAAAUUGAUUUGAUUAGUUUAUUACUUCAGUUUUCUUUGUAGUAACAGUCAUUAUUUGUAGAGUAAACCAUAAAUAAUAUCCAGUCGUGAUAUUAUUGCCAGCUCUGAAUCAAGUACCAAUGUACCGGGUAGCGGUCCACAGCAAUCAGUUGUUGUGGAGCGCUUACCCAACAUACAGAUCCUGAGCCGUUGGAUGCAUAUCCAGCGGCCAGGAUCAUAUUAAAAUUUUAAUAUGUCCAGCGCUUUUUUAGCGUUGGACAGGGAUUCCUAAAAUUAUUUGUUAUCAAGGGUGA